AUGAAAGUGGAAAAAGAUGACAGCGCUGCAAUGCCUCCACCGCCAGCAAAAAAUGAGGGUAUUAAAAUUUUAAAUGAUAAACAAAUCAAGCCACCAGUUCCACCAAAGCCAACCGCCACAACAUCAGUCCCCAUGUCACCACCCAAACAAAUUACCCUCUCCAUUGCCCAGUCGAAAACGCCACCUUCGGCACUAAAACAAAAAAAGAUGGAUCAUUAUUUAAUGAAUUUGGUAAAGGGAGAAAAGGAUGCCGAUGGUGAUGGUGACGAUAAUGAGUCCAUUGAUUUUAUUUUAACGGAAAAUAUCGAGGGCCGCACCACAGGACAUACGGGUGAAAUACUGGAAGAACUUCAUUUGAGCGAUGAUGAUGAAGAAAUGGAAACCGCUUCACGUACCCAGGAAAUUGUUGAACAUGUUUGUGGAAAAUGUUUUAAGACAUUUCGACGUUUGAAGGGUCUGAAAAAACAUUUGGACUAUUGCCGCUUUGACAGUGGCUAUGAACUGCGUAAAGCGGAAAUGUUAAAGAAUCUGGAGAAAAUCGAAAAGGAUGCUGUAAUCAUGGAAAAUAAAGAUGUGUGCUUCUGCUGUGGCGAAAGUUAUGAUACUUUCCAUUUAGGUCACAUUAGCUGCCCCGAUUGCCCAAAAUCCUUUAAGACCCAAAUGAGUUAUGAACGUCACAUUUUUAUUACACACUCGGAAUUUAAUGAUUUUCCCUGUAGCAUUUGUAAUGCUAAAUUGCGUAGUGCUAAUCUUUUGAAAUUGCACGAAGAACAACACAGUAAUCGUGGAAAACCAUUUGCAUGUAAAACAUGUGGUAAAGAUUUUACCCGAUCCUACCAUUUAAGUCGUCACCUGAAAUUUAGUGCAUGUGCGGCAAAUGAAAGUAACACCCUGCAUUGUAAGGUGUGUAAUAAGGCCUUCUAUCGUUUGGAUAAUCUACGUUCACAUUUGAAACAGCAUUUGGGUACACAGGUUACCAAGAAGUCGGAAUAUAUGUGUCCGACAUGUAAAAAAUGUUUCUACAGUUUAUCGACAUUGAAUAUCCACACAAGAACCCACACUGGGGAGAGACCAUUUGAUUGUGAUUUAUGUGAAAAGAAAUUCCCAUCAUUGGUGGCAUUGAAAAAACAUAGGCGCUAUCAUACUGGAGAGAAGCCCUAUACAUGUUCUGUGUGCAAACAAUCAUUUGCCGUUAAGGAAGUUUUAAAUCGUCACAUGAAACGCCACACCGGCGAAAGGCCACAUGUUUGCACGGAGUGUGGUAAAAGUUUUAUACAAGGUACACAGUUGCGUACCCAUGCGAAAACCCAUAUUCGUCCAUUUGAAUGCAGCCACUGUCCAGAGAAAUUUAGAACUGAAAAACAACUUGAAAAACAUUCAAAGGAGCAUAACCCCGAUGGAACAAAACGACGUGGACGCUCUAAAAUGGUUAAACGAUGUGAUAUUUGCAGGAGGGGUUUCAAAACUGAACUGGAAUAUAAUAAGCACAUGGAAGAUGGAAUUCAUAUAACUCCCGUGCAAAAACGUAAAAUGAAAAAUCGUACCGAUUGUGCGGUGUGCAAGGAGAACUUCGAUUGUGUACAAAGUCUACAAUUCCACAUACUAAAGGUACAUCAAGAAGAUCCUGAAACCUUUGUAAACGAGGAUCCAUUUGGUGAUCGCACCGGUAUCAUACACGAAGAAGACGAAGAUGAUGAUCAGGAUGAACAGUCGAUGACAAUUCCAGCACCGAAAAUUAUUAAAAUUGAAGAUGCCCAGGGGCCGCGUAUUGAAUUUGUUACCACAAAUAGUGAGGGUAAAAUCUUGAAUAGUAGUAUAGAGGGUUUGGCAAAUCAACGUAUCAUACAAUCGCCAACAAUCUCGGCUGCUGCUAACCAAUCGAAUAAAGUGCAAAUUCUGGAAGAGUUUAUUAUCAAUGAGGGCCCUUCAACAUCAACGGGUGGUGGUGGAGAGACCAUUAUAUUAUCCAAUGAAGCAUUUACCGUUAUACCUUUAGAAUCAAAUGGUGGUGUUAUUGAACCCGUAACAACCAAUACCAUUGCGGCGAAAACCUAUCGGACCCCUGAAACUAAAAAAGAACGUAAAUCUUUGGCGGAAAGUUUGGCUGCUGCCAUUGCUGAUGAUGAUAAUCUGACACACUUUAGCACCGAUGAUGACGAGGAGUUAAAUGAAGAGGAUUUGAAACUGAAGGAUAAUGUGGGCAAGUUGCUGGAUAUGUUGGUGGACACGGCAACACUUAAGAAAUUUGGUUGGCCUGAUGCCUCAGAGGAGUUGGUCCUUUGCAAAGUUAUUGAAAAUUGCGGCCACAAUUUAUCCAAUGAUCAAUUCAAUUAUAAUGAAUUGGAAUUUGCCAGCCGCAUGCGCGAAUAUGUCAAAUUGCUGUUUACCGUUGUCAUACACAAUGAUUCGAUAAAGGAGCUUUUAAACAACUAUCCAAUUGAUGAAGUUAUUGAAUAUGUAUUGGGUAAUGAUGAUGAUGACGAGGACGACGAUGGGGAGGAAGACGACAACACUCCUGCACCACCACCCAUUAAAGAAGAAAAAGAAGAUAAGCGAACUAUUAAAAGUGAAAAGGAUAAAUCAUAA